CCCUCCCUCCAGCAUCCCUCCCUCCUGCCUCCCUCCCUCCCGCAUCCUUCCCUCCUGCCUCCUUCCCUCCUGCUUCCCUCCCUCCUGCCUCCCUCCCUCCUCCAUCCCUCCCUCCUCCAUCCCUCCCUUCAGCAUCCCUCCCUCUGCCUGCGCAGAGCCGCGGACAUGGUGCUCAGCAAUUUCCUCUUCGCUCAGUGCAUCUGCUACUUCCUGGCCUUCCUCUUCAGCUUCAUCGUGGUGGUGCCACUCUCCGAGAAUGGCAACGACUUCCACGGCCGGUGCCUGCUCUUCACUGAAGGCAUGUGGCUCAACGCCAACCUGACGGUGGAGAGGCAGCGCUUCACCGUGCAGGAGUGGGGGCCUGAGGCCGCCUGCCGCUUCAGCAUCUUCACCGGGCUCCUCUCCCUGCUGCUGGCCACAGUGCAGGCCUGGAGGACCCUCUUCUUCCUCUGCAAAGGGCAUGAGGACUCUUUCUUUUACGCCUUCCUGAAUCUGCUGAUCAGCGCCUUUGUGGUGUUUAUCACAUUUAUUGCUAGCACUAUAGUGAGCGUAGGAUUUAACAUGUGGUGUGAUGCAAUUACCGAAAAAGGAAGCAUGCCAAAUAGCUGUGAAGAAUUACAGGAUAUAGAUCUUGAACUGAACUUAGAAAACUCUGCUUUCUACGACCAGUUUGCUAUUGCACAGUUUGGUCUCUGGGCUGCCUGGCUGACUUGGCUGGGAAUUACCAUUCUGGCUUUCCUGAAGGUUUAUCAGAACUACAGACAGGAGGACCUGCUAGAUAGCCUGAUCCAUGAGAAGGAGCUGUUGCUAGGAAGAUCCUCUUCACGAGCCUCUUUGCAAGAUGAGAAAAGUGGUAUGAUCUAAAGUGUAAGCAAAUUGUCAGGGCAGGAUCUAGAUUUUAUUAUUCAGUAGUGUGAGCUGAGGUUGAGUCAGGGUAUUGAGUGUGUGAGGUUGUUUCUUUCCUUAUAACAGAUGUCCUUGCCAAUCACCCACCUCCUCUGUGAGAAAUUGCUGGCGGAAAUACUUGCAUUAGGAUACAGAGAAUGGAUGGCCCCAUGCUCCAUUGGCACAGCAAACACUUUGUCCUGUGCAGGCACGAUCUGUAACCUGCUCUUGCUAGCAGAGCUGCGGGCUACCCCUGGCUUUCAGGGUAGGGACCUUUUUGGAGGGCUGAGCUAGCAAGACCAGGCUACAGAGUCCAGGCUAUUUCUUAAAAAUAUUCUACAACAACAGUUGUAACUGAGGCUGUGUCCAGUCCCUCUUCUCCCCCUCUCGUCUCUUUUGCCUGUAAAGCUGCACCUAUUCUCACUUUAUUCUGGGUAAUUGCAGCGCUGGUCCAGGUACAGACUCCCACUGUCUCUGCUUUUGCUAUGUAUGGACACAGUGCUGACAAACCUGUUGCUCCUGCUCUGAUUUUGAGUUCAUUUAGAACAUAGAGACCCAUGUUCCAGACUUGAUAUUUAAUGGUGAUUAGUGUUAAUGAAUUUCACGAAGCCACUGUAUUAGUACCGUAUCUGUCAAAAACUGUGUAUCAUUUCAAAGGAUGGUGGAGAAUUUCCGUGGUUUUGUUUCUUCUUAGAUUGUGGCAUGACCAACAUUUUUUAUGACUCCUGAAGUGCAGUGUAGCUAGCAAUUGCUGAAGCUUGCAUACUAAAAAAUGACGCUGAAUAGAUAGUGAUAAUGAUUGUGCAUUUAUAAAUGUAACUUGGUCCCUAACAUUGUAUGCUAUUCUGAGUAUUAGAAUUUACUUGUGAUAUUGAUUUCAUAUAAGGUAUGCAAAAUUACUGUGAACAUUUGCAUUGUAGCUAUUUGUACAUAUUUAUAAACAUAGCAGGGAGCUUGAACAGCUGAGUUGUUUUAUAGGUAGAUCAGUGCUGAAUGGGUCUGUUCUCCCCACUUACGGGCAGGAGUUCCAGGGCUGAUGAGUUUUGCUGUGAAAAGGGAGAACUGUUAUCUACACAAAGCUCACGAGUUGACUUCGUUGUUGCUUUCAAUUUUGCUUGGCCAGCGCUUCAACAAAUAAGGUGGAUAGUUGAGUCAAGAAGUAGAUCUGGUAAUUAAGAAGAUUCACUCAGAUGAGUGUGGGUUUGCAUGGCGGAGAAGUGGAGUUGUACUAGUAUUAGGCAGUUAUCCCCAGUUACACAUUACACAGGAGAUCCUGAUUCAGCAGAAAACUUAAGCAAGCAGUUAAGUUUAGGCUGAGGAAGAUUUUUUGUGAGUACACUGGCACUGCCUGGGGCAGCUGUGUUGGAGUUGAGACAGCAAUUAUUGCAACACGAGUGCAAACAGAGCUGUGUUACCUGGUAAAUAGGAAGGAGGGGAGAGAAGACAGCAGGCUUCUAUCCCAUCAGAGCUCCAGCCUGGGACUAGCACAACCAUGCAGAUUUACUGUUUUCUUCUGGAGAAUAUCUGAUGUUUAAAGUUAAGUACCAGCUUAAGCAUUUGGUUAAAACAGAAUUUAAAGUCGUAACAAAUCCCUUUUAGGGCACAAAAUCUAAUAUUACAUUCCCUAGCCAAAUUGCUCUCAUAGGUUUAGGGUAAAAUCCCUCUGUGGGCUUUAAGCAGUGAACCAGCCCUGGGAACAUCACUUCCAGCCCCAGCUGGCCACAGCUGUCUGCAGAGAGAUCGUGUUUUUCAGCAACAUUUCUGCCCACAAGGGAAUGCAAUACCUUUGCAAGUUUUGCAGCGGUGGCUUUUUUGUAGUUGAUAAUCGACAUCAGAGGAGCAGUUCCUGAAAAGGGAACUGGAGACCAGGUUAGUUAAUACCAGUUUAAAAUUCAGAGAUAGGACUGUUGUAGCGCUUUUGUUUUUAUUCAUUUGGUCUAAUAAGAGAUGCACUCUUGCAGGUACCUAAGUCCUUUGCAGGCAUGACCUUCCCCUUCUUGCCCUGAAGAAGAGCUUGGGUCCUGAAAGUCAGCCUGUUUCCUAUGUUUGCCUAACUGUUUCUCCAGCUGUAAAAGAUACUACUUCUCCUUCCAGUCUCACUUUGAAUUUGAGAUUCAGCAGUGAUAUCUCUUCCCACAAAUUACUUCAGUGCAUGCCUUACUCCUCACAUGGACCCAUGCUGUUGCUUUGUAUAAUAUAUUUUAUGUAUGUGCCAAGUCAGGCUUAGGCUGAAGUAACAUGUAGGUUGGGACCAUUGUUCCUGGUCUUGCCUAGGGUUUCGAAGAACCAGAAGGUAGCAAAUAUCUCUUCCUCAUCCCUGCUCGGAGACACCAGGGCUCAAGCCUUCUCUCUGGUUCUGAGAAGGAAGAAGAUACUGCCCAUCAGUGAGGCUGUCCAGAGCUCAUGCUCUCUUUUACCUCUCUUUUCUCGUGUCUCAGGGUCUUUUCCUCCUUUCCACUUCCAUGAAGAGCAGCAAACACUGGUCCUGGGGUUUCUAUUCUUGUAGAAAAAGUGCUAACUUUCGUGGCUAGUAUUUUCACUAGCAUUUGUCACCCAAACACUAUCUUCACUGUUCUGUAGAUCAAUAGACAAAAAGUGGGAUCUUUAAAGCACCUGGGGCAGCCAGGAUCCCAUCUUGAAGUCAAUAGGAACAAAAUACAUCACUUCAGCCUUUGGAAAGUCCAGCCCAACACAAGUACACAUACAGACUGACCUGCUAACUUUGGCAUCGAGGUUUAGCUUCUCUAAUUCACUUACCUGGGUGAAUUCUUCUAACCCCAGUUGCAUCACAGCAUCCAUGGAUGCAAGCAUUUUGGCUGUUGGAGUUGGCAUUUGAACUGAAAACAGGCUGAGGCUCUUCUCUGAGUCCUACAUGCAUCUCAGUCUGUUUUCCCCAGCUUUCCUCACUUGACCAGGUGGGGUGAGGCUGGCACCCAACUUGCAAGCACCAGUGAUGCUUAAAAGCAAGGCUAGUUUUGAAGGAAGCUCCUGAACAGGUGAGAAGGCAGAGCACAUGGUGAGAAGCUCUCUGGCUUUUUGAGGGGAGGAGGGGUCUUGUGCAUGCCCAGUUACUGGACCCACCUUUUUCGUUUGCAUAUAGCUUUCUGCAACCUCUUCUCCUAAAGCUUGGACACUCAGGCCAACCUGGUGAUGCGAGACAGAAAAUGUGUUAGAAUAGUGGUGUUAUUUGUACACACAGACAUACAUACCUACCUAUGCUCUCUCUCACACACGUCUCUCUUCUGUAUUUUCUGACUUCUGCUUUUAGUCAUCCACUGCCAGCCAGCACAGAGUGUCUUCAGUAGGAGUUUCUCUGAGUCAAAUGUUGCAUUUCUGUGAUAUUUCAAUGCCUUCUUCAAUUUGCCAUCUCCAAAAGCAGGCCUCUGGGAACACUCUCGCAAGAACUGUAUUCAAAGAACUAGAACCUUGUGUAGCAUUUCUACUUGUAUUGAUUUAUUUUCACACAGUGGCAGGGGAAAAAGCUUGGUGGCCUUCGCCCAUGCAAACCCUCCUGCUGCUGCCCAUCGCAAAGCUGUGAGCCACUCUGGUGGAGAACAUAGGAUGCAGUUGUUUACUUGCUGUGUUCCCUGCGAUGCUAAAACCACAACCAAAAGGCUUUUGUUUUGGCCUGUAAAAAUUCCUGGUAAUGCAGGGACAGCCUUACUUGGUUGGAUGCAACUGGAUGAUGCUUUCCGAGGCACUGGGUUGUUGUCACACAAUUACUCUGCUAUAUCAAAUAUAUGUUCCCCACGUCCUGGCUACCAUCUGUGGUUAAUUUCCCUGCCAAUUCCCUGUCAGCAGUCCACACUGGGUUAGAAAAAUCUAAGCUAACAAGUAUCACCUGAGCUUUUAGAGCAAUGCUGUUGGUUAUUAUUUUUAUAAAGGAGAAACAAUUGAAGCCAUUGUUUGGAAUAUAAUUUCCUCAUGAAGGCACAAAUGCUUAUAUCUUCUUAUCCCAGUAAUUUGUGAGGUUUCUUUCACCUGGGAACUUACAGUAUUGCAAAAAUAAGAGCGUGAUGAUUUCCUUUAAAACCUGAAGGACACGUAUGCUAUGGCAGUGUUUCUAUGGUCCCUUAGAAAACUGGUUGCUAUAAUAACCAGUGACAGAUGCUCGAGUAUACAGACCUUGUCAUGAAAGCAUUUAGUAUCAGGCAGGUGGGGUAUGUGUGUCUAUACAACGUACACAGAUAUAUGCCAGAAAUAAUUCCACUGCUCUUUGAUAUGGAUGAAUGGUCUUCUCUUAGCAGGUGGUUUGGCCUGGAGUAGUUAUUAAUUUGCCUUAACUUUCUACACUGCCUUUUUCUUACUUAGUAUUAGGAUCUGUGCGAGGAUACAGAGGUUAUGAUAGCCAGAAGUGGAUGUGGAUGUGAUGUGAGUGGAGUAGGAAAGCACCGGCCAGUGCAAAGCCUCCAAAGGGCAGAGAUGGGUUUCUGAUGCAGGUUUGCAGAUGUUCUAACUCCUCCCAUAUCGGUGGGUAAUGUCCUGAUGUUGGCUUGUACUAGUCCUGUUACGAACAGGGAGCCACACUUCCCUCCAAGGCCUUUCCUCACUGAUGUGGAACACUGCUGAUUUAACCUAUGUAGUAUUCAGGAUGGAAGCAGAGCUGCAGAGAAGAGGACCACAUGCUUUGUAGUUAUGUUACAUGAGCAAGGAGUACUUUUCCUCUGAUUCAGGAAUUCUGCACCAUGGACUCCUAAAUGACCAAUGAACCUGGAAUGAACAUAGUCUUAUUAAAUCCUGUAAAAACAGUAUUGCAGGCAAAAAGCAGAACAUAUUUCGAUAGGACUAUCAAUCCUUCAGUUGCCAAACCAUACUCUUCUGCAACACAGUACAAUAUUCUGGCUCAAAACAACCAUCAUGUCCUUUUGUAUGAAGCCAUUUAUUUGCUGUUAGAAAAGAUGCAGUGACAAAGAGGAAAAAAAGAUGUGUUUAUAACAGUUACUUAGUAGUGGAAGUUUAGAUGGGAGAAUUAAUUUUAAAACAUUGUCUUAACGGUUGAAGAAAUUCAAGCAGAUCUUAGGUGUAGCAAGUUAGUGUGUAGUUCUUGAGGGACAGAAGGGCUAAGCUGAUUUAUGGUGUCUGAGAAUCCAACCAAACUAACCUUCUAUAUUUAAAGUAACCUGAACACUUACCUUAAGAAAACAUGUGCACAUGCUCUGUUUCUUCUACACCCCCACUGUGAACAGUGGGUUAGAAAGCCCCAGGCUGUGUUAUUCUCUGAAAUGGAGGGCUAGACUAGACAAACUGUUUCCUAGUUUGAGGGCUUUGGGUUUUCUUAGUGCAAUGGCUAUUGCAUGUGAAAUGCAUGACUGGUUGAGAGAGGACACUUAGGAUUCUCCUGGACACCUGAAGGUUCUCAUCAGUGAGAUAAGAAGCCACGUUUCACCUUUAUUUGUCCUCCAGAAUCUUUUAGUCUUUGUUGCAUAAUUGGUCCGAUCUCAAUUUUUAGCACCUCAUGCAGCUUAGCCCUUAGGUUGAUGGUUCGUCCAUCUCCUGAGAAAUGGGGGAUGUGCACAGGAGUGUCUUUAGGCAGAUCUGGGUGCAGAAUGCAGGGUCCCUUUGCUAGGGAAGUGUGAGCCACAGGCUGUUGUAUAGGCUUUUUGAGGAAAACUGGGUUUCUGCACAACUUUAAAUCACAGAUCGAUCUAUGUGAUGGGUGUCAGAAAAUACAAUAUCAAAUGUGCAAAUUCAGAAUGAAUGUCAGCUGCAAAAUAUUUGUUACAAGAAAGUACAUAGAAACUUGGUGUUUGGGUGUAUAUGGCUUUUAUCAUCUCCCUUCUCCAAAGCCCCCAUUUCAAACAUAUUGCAUGUAAAAUCACUUUUACUAUUUAAAUAAUAAAUGUAACAAAAAUCCAGAUGAUCAUUCAUACUGGCAAGACUUAAGAGUAUUUUGUGACAAACCAGUCUAGAUUUUGACAAAAUUUUUGUCUUUACUUCUUAAUCAAUGGCCUGGGUGUGAACAUCCUUGAGCUAAUGGGAAUCCUGUCUGUAUCCAGAGCCUGAACUUAUGUCCCAGACCAUUUCCUUUGCUGAUGGAAAUAGCCCAUUUUUAUCUCAUUGGUAUGUUUGCUUUGGAGACCACAAAUGCCGCGUCCUUAUGCUUAGGCAAUCUGGGAAGAAAGGCAGGUUUUUGCCUGGCUAGUUUCCACACCUGCAUGCAGGGAGAAAAUGCUCAUAUAACUUCAUGAGCACUGAAAUUGUUUCAAAACUGUUUCUGUCCAUGAUCCUAAUGCCUUGAAGUGCAUGUUUCUGUCCUUGUCCUCCAUAAGAAAGAGGAAAACUAACCUAAGCUGUAUUUUAGUAUUCAGAGAUGCACACUUUAAAAUUUUUUAUAUAUUUUUUUUUUGAGAUGACAAAAUUACACUCAAUUGAUGAAGCUAACAACUGCACUUUGAUGUACUCCUGAUGUAGAAGGGAAAAACACAACUGCACUCUAUCAAAAAAACUUAACAUUUGUUUCUGAGAGGUCAGGCAGCAAUGUUCCUAAUGUAUAGCAAGUACUGCAUAUUUCAGUGCAGGCACAUAAAUGUCUUUCCAUUCUGUUGUUGGAAUGAGUAUUUAAUAGCAAUGCUUUCUCUUUAGUUUUUUUUGUCUAUGCCAAAGAGUGUAUUGAACUGCUAUUGCAAGCAUAGAUGAAUCUAUUCAUCCGAGUCCUUAAACUUUUCUACCUCUCAUAGCUACUAUAACUGCCUGAACUGUUACUGCACACAACAGUGGAAAGGACUGAAUCCAUGUGAGAGUCUAAAUCCUAUUCGCAUGGAUAACUAAAGGAUUUAGGAUUUAAUGCUUACUGGUUUCCUGCCAGCUCCUCGUUAAAAAGUGGGCACAGGCACCCAAGAAGGGCUGUGUGAAUAGCCCUCUUGAUUGGUCAAAUAAUGAUUUUAUUUUGGUUUGGUUUUCUUAAUACUUUUUUUUUUCUCUCCAAAGACAUGGAAGGUUAUAUGUUAUGUGAAAAGUUGCAUUUCAUAGGGGUGGCAGAACGCGGUGAACUACUUAAAAUGCCUGUAGUGGUCCUUCUGCAGCCCUCUCCACUGGCAGCUAACUGCAAGGCACAGGUUUGAUCUCCCCCUCUGCCUUUGGAGACACAAGCCUCCAUCUACAUGGCAAGUGUUGUUACCAUGGAGUUAUCCUGGAUCCCUUUCAAAUCCUCUUGUUGGAGCUCUUCUACUUGGCUCCAAAUUCCUAAAUAACAAUGUUUUAGCCUGGCGGCUCUGGUGUUUAUCAAAGAGAUGAAGUACUUGGCAGCAAGAGCUGCUCACUGAAAUAGCUGGGAUUAUUUGUAGAUGCUGGAAACCCAGUCUGAGAACUUUUUGUUCCCCUUUUCCACUUGACUAUGUUGUAAAGAGAGGGUUGAGACCAGCCCAGAGGUGGGAAUGAAGAUCCAUUGUUACUGUUGACGUCUUGGGUGAUUUGUCACAGAAUUGAGUAGACAGUCCUGUGACAAAACUACUCUUUUUUUUUUCUCUCUCUCCAAAGAAAAAAAAAAAGAAAAAAGAAAAAAAGAAAAGAAAAAAAAAAGACAAAACUACCUCCUUACUUUCCCCUUUGUGCCCCAGAGCUGAGCAAGUUUGACUCCGGUUUGUAUACAGUUUCUGAAGGGUAUUACGAAUGUGAGAAACAUUGCAGCUCCUAUGGCAAAAUUUACCUUUUGUCAAAAAAUAAGAAAGAAUGACAUAGAUUUUCCCUGUUCUCACUUGGGCUGUCUGGGGUACGACGUCAAAGCCUUCCCUUUACAUCAUCCAGGCCUGAUUCCAGUGACAUGUUGCUCUAGGAGGUUCCCAAGGCUGGUGCCAGCAGUCCCUUAAGGGACCUGGUGAAGUUAGAUGAGUACUAGGUUAAAUCAUAGAUUUUAAGGCAAGGAAAUGUUUGAAAAUCUUCUUGUCAUGGUAUCCCACAUAAGAGAGUCCAGAGCUCUUCACAGCCUCACUACUGCAGCAGCAGGAAUUAGUUUUCCCUGUUAACACCGUGUGGUCUCAUGGUUUGUGUCUGCAGUACAGCCCAUCUUCCCGCAGCACGUUGGGUCUUGAUUGCGUCCGUUAACCUGUUCCAUUGUCUCUGCUGCUGAUACAGUUUUAACAUUGUUAAACCGCUGUUCAACAUUUGACUUCAAAAGGUGCUAACAGUGUCCUUAUUAAACCAUAGUUUUCUGGAGUUGCAAGCAGUCCUUUUGCUAAAUGAUGCUAAGAAAAUGCUAAACAGCAUCCUUCCAGGGGGAUGACUGCUGCAUCAGGCCAGUGCAGAUGGAUGGUAUCAGAGCAAUUCUGGUCAAAUACUCUCGGAAUAAAACUAGUGCUGGUUUUCAGCCCAAGCCACACAAUUGAGAAAUCAAUAUAUUGUGAUCUGAAGUACACUCCUAAGAGGUUUUUGAAGGUUUAUAAACAAAACAACAACAAAAAAACCCCCAACAGUUUCACUGACAUCUCCUUUCCUUGGGUCCUUUCAUCUCCAAAAACAUUCCUCAAACUUCACAGAGGGUUUUAUUGCCAUUGAGCUGAUCAGGCCUCAUUUCUCACAUCUCUUCCUGCUGGGGACAAAGGCUGCUGAGGGAGACAGGGGGGUGCUGUAAAUCAGAACAGAAAUAGGUGGUGAGGAGAACUGCGAGUGCAUUUCCUAGGAGGGAUUUCGGCUUUCAGGCUGCGAUGUGAGGGAUCCAGCAUGGCAGUGCCCAUGCUGGCAGUGCUGACACCAUUUUCACCCUUUGCUUGGCCCGCUCAGCCACCACCUGCUCAUCUGGCUUCAUGCACAGCAAAGCAUCUCCUUGAAGUAUGUGCUGCCCUAAACUCAGCUUCUGGAGAGGGCCACCUGUGUCAGCCGUGCAGAUAUCCGUGUAAAGGUGCUGGCAUGGCCACCAGGUUUGGAGGGGCUGCUUUGGAAACCUCUUCUUUCCAGGUUGGCAGAUCCAGAUACCCUACAGCUGGCCCUUUGCUUUGUGCAGCUCGUGGCUCAUGUGGGGAAGGAAGGAUUGUUCCCAAAUCUCUGUCGACUUGCCAUUUUUGAAAGUAGCUCGUAAACACCCAUAGUUUUAAAAGGUCUGGGGGGGUUUAUGUGGUACCACCUGCAAAGAUCUGAAGCAGAUUUGCAUACAAGUCAGAGCAGAGCCUGAAAGCAUUUCAGCCUCUCUAAAAUAUAUGUCCUGUGACUUACGUGUUCACGAGCUACUGUCUUUUCUUACAGCCUCGUAGGAAAAGCUUUAUAAGAGUCUCGAUUAACUCCUGUGUCAUGCUGCUAAAGAGGUCCCCGCAUAAUGGUAUUUGGGGGCAAAACUGAACACUUAAAUAAUUUGUUUAACCACUGAAAGCAGUAGAGGGGCAGAUCCUUUGCUGGUGUAUAUAGCUUAGCUUUAUGAGCCAUGCUGGAAUCAUGCCAGUCCACACAAGCUUAGGGUAGAGCCUGGUCUGUUCUGGAUAUUAUUUCUUUUGAUUUGUACGGUCUUUUGCAGUGUAAUGACUACUGAUUUGGAACUUUAUUUGCAUGCAUUUGACAGAAACAGGAUUGAGUGAAGUUUAUUAUUGUUUUGAUACAGUCUCAAAAAGGAAGCUUUUUACUAGCAUUUUAAUAUAGCCCUUUGUAAACACCUAGAAAUAAAAAUUCUGAGUCCAAUCCUUCUGCUAAUGGAGUGACUGACAAAGUUUUCUUUGGCUUUAGUAGGAGCUGGACUGGGUUCAGUAUAAACGAUACACUAUAGUGUUACUGAUAAUGUGUUUUAUAUAUUGAUGCUUUUUGCUGGACAGUGCAUUGGCUUUUUAUGAUUUGGUGACAUAUACAAAUAAAUUAUUUGGA